AUGGAUUCAUUUAAAAAUUAAAAUAUCAACAUUAACACAUAAGAUAUAAGAGUUGAUACAUAAAUAGAAUAGACUAAUAGAAAUUAAAAAUAAAACGAAAAAGGGAUUGCUAUUUAUGAUUUUAUAGACUCAUAAUAAAAUAACUAGAAUUAAGUUUAAAAUCCUUAAAAACAUGUUGGACAAUCAAAAAUUUGUAUAGGCUUUUGCACUUUCUUAUUUGCUUUUUUACUUGAAAGUUCUAUUUCUUUAGCUUUUGGUAUUUUAUUUUUCUUGUUUUAGAGAGAUGAAGAUAUGAAUGAUUAUUGUGAGAACACUAACUACAAGAAAAACAUGGUCUUCUGUAUAUUUUGGUAUCGCUGCAUUAGUAAUAAUAAUAACACUUAUAAUAAAGAUAAUUGA